GUGUGUGUGUCCUGCAUUAAAUAGUAAUCAGACAGCAGAUGGCUGUUUUGUAACGAUUAGUGUUUAAUCAUUUGCAGCGAGUGGAAAAUCAGCAAGAGAUAGUUGGAAAAAGUGCAUAAACUGCAAGUUUAAAACCUAAGCUGCAGCGUUUAGCGCCACGGCCUGCAGCUCAGCCGUGGUACAUGCAACAAAAGGCAGCUGAUUAGGAGCAAAGAGAAAACAGAAUACACGAUUCAACAUCGCGAUUUUGGUUUGGAAGCUCAUUUUGGUGCAAUAACAUCUGCUGCGUUGUGUAGUUGUAUCCUGAGGCUGGUUCCAGUACGGCUACGUAGAAGAAAGCAACGAGUUAAAGAUAUAUUCCUGUGCAGAUUAAUACUACACACACGUCUGGGGGAACAUCUGCCGGCAGCUGUUCUCUUAAAAAUACACCAGAAGAGUGUUUACUGUACAGUGCCACUAAGAACAAAGACAAGGCUGUAAAGAAAUAUCGUCAUCUUUACCAUCAUAUUCAUACAGUAUCUGUCAUAUACAGUAUAUGAAUGUCAUUAUAUCAUAUAAUGACAUUAAAAGUUAUAUUCACCAUGGUUACCAUCAUGAAGUGACUGACAGCUGUGAGCCUUUGAUGCUGUAAGUGUGGGUGUUGUGUUCUGUGUCUCAUUAAUUUGAUUAACGUAUUUUAAUUGAAGUUUUAGCAUCAAGAUGAUGUCGAAGAUGAUGAUGAUGAUGAUGAUGAUGAUGAUGAUGAUGAUGAUGAUGAUGCUGUAGUACAUGUGUGCCUGACCUUCAGUAUUUGCGUGCAGGGAUUAUUCUGAAAGGGUAAAUGCAUAUUCCUUCCAUCCAGCAGGACAGUGGCCAGCGAGCCGCCAUUUAAUCUUCGAGGCAGCAGGACUCGUACAGUAGCUGGAGCUGGAGCUUAACAGCUCAGUGAAUUAGCGAAGCAGCGAUACAGCUGUGGGAGCUUAAUGAAGGCAUCACACAUGCAUGAGAGCCACCGGCGUGCCUCGCUGUCCUGACUUACGGCGCAAUGAUAAUAGCCGUCAUCUUGUGGUCACGCUGACACGCGCGGCUUCUCUUUCCUUGGAAGCGCGCGUGAGUGAGACAUGACACAGUUCAGCAGGAACAGUGUGUCACAUCUCGUCUCUUCACAUCCUGUCGAGGCGCUGCUCGGCCCCGGACCCGCGCUACAUCAGAGCAGGUCACUGUUUGCGGACCAUGGUUAUGUUUUUUUUCUGCUUGGCAGAUCUCAAACAUUAUUGACAAUCUUGACUCGGGUCAUUUCUGCUCGUACAAAGUGAAUCCAUCAUAUCAUCAUCAUAUUCCACGAUCUUCCCCACUCGUGCCAGUGCAGAGCCCCAAUGGCUGACACCACCCCCUUCCCCCCAUUUGUCCACUGACAUUUACAGCAGCACUUACAUAUGCUGUAUGGCAAACAAGACAUUACCUUAGAUUGAAGACGUGACCUCUGACCUCCCCAUAGCUGGACAUCGAACCAGCAUUGCCAAGCUCAGAUUUAUUUUGAAACCAGUCUUCUCUGGAAAACGGACUAAAAUCUAAAUCUUCCCUCCUGUAAAAACCUUAUUCUGGUUAUUCUUGUUAUUCUGGUUCACUCAAGGUAUUAAACAAAUGGCCAGACAUUGUUUUUUUAGUCUACACAAAAUUACACACUACUGUAACACACACAAGAAAAUCAAGAGGGUCUCUUCAAAAGGAAAUAUGUUUGUGUAUUCCUACUGCCUCACAUUAAGAGUUUCAAUCUAAGCUCGUGUCAUCAUGAUCUAGUAGGGGGUAGAAUAAAGAUUAAGGCAGGCGCUUUGAGGUCUGCUGCUAAUGAAGACUACAAGUGAACCUGCACCCCUGGAAGAUGUUUCACAGCAGUGCGGCCUUUGAUGUCUUCCCAUAUCAGUUUUUACUACGCUCACUGAACGCCACACACACACACACACACACACACACACACACACACACACACACACACACACACACACACACACACACACACACACACGCCAGGAUUAUGUUUCACUGCAUUCAGUGAGGGGUUAUGUGAUACACUUUACUGUAAACACCGUCAGCGUUUCGGCUCCUUUUGAUUUGUGGCAGCUCAGGUUUACUGUGCGCAGCAGAGCCGAGUUUCCAGCUUUACUUCGCCUGUGGAUUUAAAGUUGAGGAAGCAAUGAGCUGUGAGCGUUCAUUAUGGAUGUGAACUGGGAAUUCAGGUGAUGAGUGACAUCAUAUCAUGUCUGAAGUACAGGGAACUCUGGAGUUUUCUGUCGAGCUGAACAAGUUUCACAAUGUGGAUCUCUUUCAAAGAGGGUUCUACCAGGUACGAGCAGGGUUGAAGGUCUCACCACGAGUGCCCCACAGGUUGAUAGCAACAACGCAAGACAAUGCAGGAGAAAGCAGCUUCAGCUCGGCCGCGGUCUACGGCGGCGCCGUGUUCAGCCGGAUAUUUCAGAUUCUGUACAGAAACGAGGAGAUUGUGGUGAAUGACUGCAUGGUCUUCAAAGUCCACCUGCUACUGGAUGGAGAGAGGGUGGAGGAAGCCAUGAGUGAGGUGGACUUUCAGCUGAAGCUAGACCUUCAUUUCACUGACAACGAGCAACAGUUGGCAGAGAUAGCGACCGUCCCGCUGAUCAGCAGUCGCACCCUCAACCUCCACUUCCACCCGAGAAGAGGCCUCCACCACCAUGUCCCGGUCAUGUUCGACUACUUCCACCUGUCCGUCAUUUCUGUCUCCAUCCACGCCUCACUGGUUGCCUUACAUCAGCCGCUAAUCAGCUUUGCGCGGACAGGGAAGGGCUCCUGGCUGGGGAAGGGUUCUCCAGAGAGCGCGGGCGACCCGUCUGCCAUGUCCGUGGAGAACCUCGUGUUCGGCGCCGGCUACUGCAAGCCCGUCAUCUCCGAGGGAAGCUUCUACGUGCCAAGUGAAAACUGCCUGCAGAGAGCUCACACGCUGCACCGAAGGCUCUGUCGCCUCCUGCUGGUGGCACACGGGGGCCUGCACGCCUACUACAGCGCGCUGUUGAAGGAGAUCCCACAGCUCCAGCAAACGCCCCUGGACUCAGAGCUGCUGCCUGUAGAAGAAACACUUAACCAGCUGGCAAUAGAGUUACAGGUGCAGGAAGGCCACGAGAAGGUAGCAGACCAGAUCAGCAGGGACGUGAGCCAACUCUGCUCCCAGCUGGCUGCUCUGUGGAGCUGCUUCCUGAAGGCCGCCGUGCUCAACCCCCACAUCCUCUCUUAUCUGGCCCAGGAGCACCACACGCUCAGGGUCAGGAGGUUCUCCGAGGGAUAUUUCUUCACCGAACACCCCAAAGAGAUAUGUCUGACGUUUCAAGAGGAGCUAAUCAACAGACACGGCCAGGUGGCUGCCGAGGUGCGGAGCUCAGACUACCUGACCAAGAUGCCUCCUUUACCUGUUGAGUGCCUCGACAUUGAUGGAGACUGGAACAGCCUGCCCAUUAUCCUCGAGGACAGAUAUGUGGACUCUUCCCAGUCAGAGUGGCUUUCACAUGUGCCAGCGCUUGCAGCCACGGGCGAGCAGGCGAACCCAGAUUCUGCCGUGACCGCAACCAAUAGGAUUCUGACCAACAACCAGGGAGCCCAAUCACCAGCAAUGCCCCAGAAUCCUUCGGUCAUUGACGACUGCAUGGACCUGCCCACAUAUGUCUCUCUGAUAGCAGAGCAAAGUAAGACCCACGCUACCAUCAGCGGUACCCAGAGCCCAGUUCCUCCGGGGGGCAGCCACGCACUUCUUCAAGCAGAUACGGAAAACACGAAGGAGGGGAAUCCAGAACAAGCCCAGGAAGAGAGGAGUUCAGCUUGUGACGCAGAAACAGGUUUCUCUUCAACCAACGCUUCUGUUAUUGACUCGAAUAGGAGCAGUGAUGUGUCUCCUGCUCCUUGUGUAAGAGACAAUAUUAAACAAUGCGAUGCCACGAAUGAUGCAAGAGAGAGUCAUGACAACGAAGAAGAGUCUGACGUUGCAAUGCCGCUAAGCCGCUCCAUGGAUGACGAGAGCGAUGAUGCUCCUCCAAACCAUCUAGUGUCUGCCUAUGCACAUCCAGCCUUACCUUCCUUUCCCGGUGACCUCAGAAAAGACAUGGCUCACCGCGGAGGCCUGGCCGGCUCCAAGAUCAUGAAGCGCUCAUCCUCGGUAAUCUCCGAUUCGGGCAUCGAGAGCGAGCCCAGCUCAGUCACGUGGCCCCUGGAGUCGGCCGUGCGAGGCCGACCCCCUCUGGACUUCUCCAGCGAGCGGGAGAUCCCACAGCAGAUCGUGUGUCACCGACCGGUUCACCGCAGCUCCCUGGAGGGCCUGCGGAUGGAGAGCAAUGGAAGCCUUCCGAGUGGAGGCAUCCAGGCUUCGCUGACCUCUAUUAGCUCCCUGCCCUACGAGGAGGACCAGCAGCAGAGGCAGCUCAGCAAGCUCACCAAGUCAGUGUCUGCGCCGCAAAUAAGCAGUCCAGAGGACACCGAGGACGAUCACGUGCUGCUCGUUCAGGACGCAGAUGCUAAGAGUCUAAUUCAAGACCUGGAAGUGUCAGGUAAAAUCGACCGCUCCUCCGUGAACAGCAACUUGGAUUCAGAGCAAUCAGAGUCGUCGCUACCAGACACGAGUUCAAUGGCAGACCCCGGCUCUGAAAAGCCAACCCCUGCACUGUACCUGUCAGACACGCACAGAGCCAAGAUGGAGUUAAGUGGUGUGUCUGAAGUGUUGCUUUUACAAGACUUUGUAGAAACCGCUCAUGCGAAGCAAAGCGCUGUUAUUGGCAGCCAGGGGGAGAAUCCAAACCAUCAAACACACGUCGCUGGAGUAAGUGCGUCAGUUGAGGAUGUGCACCUUGUUGAGUCUGAAGCCUGUGGCUGUGGAAACAAACCAUGUGUGCAUGAAGGUGUUGGUGAUGAGGUCAGAGCUGCCAUUGGGGAUGGAUUCCAGCCUCAAGUCACUAGUGUUGAAGACCAACAGAUUGUGGAACCCUCCCAAACGGAGCUUCAGCCCUCAGACUGUACAGCCAACCCCAACACACCAAGACCCAGUGACCUCACAGGGCUGACAGGCAGUGACAUCACAUCCCCCUCUGACCCCAGUGGUGAGAAAGAGCUUCUAGACGGUCAGACCAAGCCUUCGAGGAUCCCCAACGUCGGCCUCGCCUUCAUGAAUAAGAAGAUGGUGGAGGUGGUGAACAUGUCGGUGUCCUGCGCCCCGACCUGUCUGCCGUUUUCCUCCGCUCUGAGAGAUUCCCCGUCCAUCGGUGGGAUGUCGGCUCGCCAGGCCGCCUCACCCAUUACCCAUCAACCCCUGGGCUCGUUUGGUAUCAUCUCCUCGUCGUCACUCAAUCCACUCAACAUGGACGACGAGACCAAUGAACGAAUGCUCAACUUCUUCAAAGCUAAAGGGGAACUAUUUAAGGAGCUGAACUUCCAGGCCAGCUUGUACAGUGACCUUUCUCUGCUGGCGUCAGACCUGCCCUACUUCCCCCCCGAGGCGGACGACGAGGAGUUCGAAGACGGCAUACACCUCGUGGUGUGCGUCCACGGGCUCGACGGAAACAGCGCAGAUCUGCGGCUGGUGAAGACCUUCAUUGAGUUGGGACUACCAGGGUCCAGGCUCGACUUCCUCAUGUCUGAGAGAAACCAGAGUGACACUUUUGCAGAUUUCGACUCCAUGACUGACAGGUUGCUGGAUGAGAUCAUCCAGCACAUCCAGCUGUACAAUCUCACCAUAGGGAGAAUCAGCUUCAUCGGCCACUCCCUGGGGAACGUCAUCAUCCGCUCGGUGCUGACGAGGCCCCGGUUCCGCUGCUAUCUGCCCAGGCUGCACACCUUCCUCUCGCUGUCGGGCCCACACUUGGGAACGCUGUACAACAACAGCGCUCUGGUCAGCACAGGUCUGUGGUUAAUGCAGAAGCUGAAGAAGUCGGGAUCUCUGCUGCAGCUCACCUUCAGAGAUCACGUUGAUCCACGGAAAACAUUCCUCUAUUUGCUAAGCCAGAAACCAGGACUCCAGUUCUUCAAGAACGUGGUGUUGGUGGCGUCUCCACAGGACCGCUAUGUUCCUUUCCACUCUGCCAGGAUAGAGAUGUGCAAAACCGCCCUCAGAGACAGAACCACAGGACCCGUGUACACCGAGAUGAUCAACAACCUCCUGCAGCCGCUCGUGGAGGCCAAGGAGUGCUGCCUCAUUCGCCAGAACGUGUUCCACGCGUUGCCCAACACGGCCAACACCCUGAUCGGCCGCGCCGCUCACAUCGCCGUCUUGGACUCGGAGCUUUUCCUGGAGAAGUUCUUCCUCGUGGCCGGACUGGACUACUUUAAGUAAAGGUGCUGAGUGCCGUGAGCCCGCGGCGACGGGACCCACUGCUCGUCCUCACCCGCACCUUGUACAGAACAGCAUCUGUGAGACAUGAGCCCGGGAGGCGAGACUUAGCUUUAUGGCAGGUUAUGAGCGUUAGUGGAUCACUGCAUUGAUACGGCUCUGGGUCUGACGUGUAGCUGUGCAAAACAAUACAAAACAUCUGACACCUUGAACGUCACUGACUGCUGGCCUUAUGAAUAACCCUUUCAGUCAGAACACUAACUGAUGCUAUUUGUGGUAUGAAGCAUUUAACUACUUCCCUUUAGUGCUGGGUUGGAGCCUUGAUCGAAUUCUGAAGGAUUCCACUGAUGAUAGUCAUACUGUACAGCAUCCUUAAAACCGAGGCAAUAUAUGCGCAGCAUUUAUCCCCUUGAUUGUACAUGAAGUAUUUUGUUGUACAAAACGCUGUUUCUUUAUACAGAAAUGAAUAUAUUGUUUAAAAUGAUUUAUUUUUAUCUGCUUAUGUAUCUACAGUGUGAGUAAUCCAUCUAAAUGUGAAAUUUAAUGUGUUGGAAUCAUAGAAACCAUCAAACGAUAUUUAUUUGAAUUAGACAGUGCAAAGCAGGUGGAAGUCUAGAAUUCUGUGUAAUAUAAAUAUUGGUUAAUGCCCCUAUCGGUCUGUCUGAUCACUAGUUAUUCAUUAUUAGUCUACACCAUGAUAAGCUGCCUCUGUCAAGGUCUCUCCACAUGCCCUCGGCAUGUAGUUCAUAGCUUGCGGAGCUCCCAUCUGAAUGUAGCUUUCACCACAGUUGCGGAAUCAAUCUGUCAAUCAACAAAUUAAAGUUAGGUGGGACUCAAUCCUAUGGACAGUCACGGCUGAUGAUGGUUACGCUGUAACUCUGUUAGUCAGACUGUUACUGUAUUUUAACCUUUUCCUGUUUGCGCUGCUUUGCUUAUACGCUGCAUAUAUUUUGCACAGCGUCCAAAACCCAAUGAAUAAAUUACCCCAAAUAAUUUAUAGUAGUUAGAAAAGGGUCUGUAACAUGUCACCCCACAAACAAAAAUAAAUGGAAUGAUGAUGGAGGUGAUGCUAGGUUACCAGGUAGUUUGCUGGACGUGCUAACAGUGGUAGCUUAUAUUAGAGCAUUAGAACAUGCAAUUUAAAUCCAGAAAGUGCUUAAUUACAUCAUGAAGAGCAUACAUUCACAGGGUUAAAAGACAUGAUCACAUAAAACUGGAUGUCCUAAAGCACUCUGAAAUUCACAAUUUCUCCACAAAUGCCAUAAAAUCAGGUUGUCGUCGCUUUUGUUUGGUAGGAAAGUGGACGAUUUAGCAAAAAUGCGAACCUACUGCCAAAACUGUCCCUCACACUACUGUCAUUUUGUGGAAACCUUGUUAAAUAUGGUGCAUUGUGACGGCGGGGAAGCGCCAUCGUAGCAGGUGCACAGGUUCUUUUGUUUUGUUUUCUGAACAACCUUAUGAUACAUUCAAGUGCAACCCAAGGGGUGGGAUUUUCCAGCAUACGUGUGAGGACUGUGAAACCAAAUAUAGUUUACAUUGGGACAUCACAGAACUGUUAUGACAACAGAUGUGCAUCUGUUGCAUAUGUAGUGACAUGUGUACAGACAGUUUGAUGGCAAGUGCACUUUACUGACAACCUUGAAUCCUCCGCUAGCUUUAUAUAACGCAUACAGCUACUUUUUCAUGUUAUAGUUCAUACAUGUGUUUGUUAUGUAGACACGAAGGCCCUGACCUCAGCUGUCCCCCUCAUCCAUUGAAGCGCUGUAUCGCCUCUGACCUUGCAAAGUGCUCUUUUCCUGCGUGAGAGCUCAGGUGAGCGCAGCGUUGCCGCGGGCGACUCCAAACGAACUUGGUCCUUUAGGAGGCAGAGAUCGUUCUCCAAAAGCCGCCAAUCGGUGCCGGCCGAGCGACCUGUAGUAGCUGUCAUGCAUCAUGCAUCGCCUCUCAAUCCUCCCCCCCAACACACACACACAGGAACAUAUGCUGUAUAUGGAUGAGGUGUUAUCUGUUCGUCUUUCGCCGCGGUGUGUUCAGGACCGCCUGUUCAUCCGAAAGGGUCAGCGUGAAUCGAUGGAGGGGAGAGGAGCGUGUGCGAUUGGUAGUUCUCGCUGCUUCACUGAAGGUCAGAAACAGUUGUAGGCGAUAAAUGGUUGUAAAUGUGUCACCUGUACUGUUGAUGUCGUGUCGCGUCAGGAAGAAAAAUAGGUUUUACUUACAUUAGAGUGAACUCCACUCAUGUGAAACAAUAGAAACAUAUCUUUGUAUACAUUAAUAUGAUGUCAUACCUGUGAGUGAAUUUCCAAGUGAUGCACCCUGUAGAUCCUUGCAAGUGCUGUCAAAAGUAGCUGACUUGAACCUUUUUGUAUUUGAUUGCCCUUUACUGUGCAGUUUGUGUGUGUGUGUGUGUGUGUGUGUGUGUGUGUGUGUGUGUGUGUGUGUGUGUGUGUGUGUGUGUGUGUGUGUGUGUGUCCACGGUUACAUCGGAGUGGGGCCCAAAAUCCUUUUUCUACCAAUGUGGGGCCCUUUGGCUGGGCUUAGAGCAAAGGUUAGACGUCUGCCUUUAUUUGUGAUGGUUAGGGUGAGGAACUAGGCAUUACAGUAUGUCAAUGGAGGGGCCCCACUUUUAUAGCACCGCAAGGCUGUGUUUGUGUGUGUGUGUGUGUGUGUGUGUGUGUGUGUGUGUGUGUGUGUGUGUGUGUGUGUGUGUGUGUGUGUGUGUGUGUGCGUGUGCGUGCGUGUGUGUCUGGAGGGUGGAUGAUUGCUUGUAAAAGCAUAUGUGUAAUCAUUGUCUUUUUAUCCCUUGUGUGUGUGAACUGAGUGUAAAGUCUGAGGAACGUAUCGAUUUCAUUCAUGAAUGUAAAGUACUACUUCAUCUGUGCCAAUACUACUAUAGUAUUUUUCUAUGUUGCUGACAGUAUUGUAUGUUCUCCUUAGUAGCUUGUGUUCUAUGUAAAAAUAUAAAUACAAAUAUAUAGAAAUAUAUAUGUAUAUAUACAUAGUAUAGUAUUAUUAUAACAUAUACGAAGCUACAAUAAAAAUGUUCCUUUUGCAUAAUUA